CAGCGGCUGCCCUCCCGUCUCACUGGCCAGGGCCUGUGGCGGGGUGUGUCGGGAGUCCCGCGGGCGCCGGACCCAACCCCCAGCCCGUUCGCUCGGUCUCGUAGCGCGGGAGGCAGCAGCCCGGCCCCGCGCGCGCGCUCGCUCGCUCGCUCUUCUCCGUCCCUCUCUGGGCCUGCCCCGCCUGUCCCCGGGGAAGGAGAAAAGGCUCCACCCUGGGGCGAGCCCCGUGCGGGAGGCCGCGCACCGGGUCUUCAAUGCGGAAGGAUCGUAUUGGAAGCUCCAAAUGAUCCUCUUUGCUGGAAAACUACCGUAGGCUGAGAAAAAAAAUGCAAAUAAAUCUUUACUUUCCGUUGCUCGCUGUAACUUGCCACUGAGCGAGUGAGAGAGACCUGGGGCGUCCAAGUUGAAGCAUUUCUCUAUUACAGUGCUGAUGGCAAACCCCAAAGUCAGUUAAGACUCUCUGAGAGUGACUUAAGUUUUGCGGGUGCUGCAUCAGUGAGCGGCCUCAAAAACGAUCGCAUGCUUUGAACACUUUUACUGUUCUUGAUCGUACGUCGUACAAGGGUUGAAACGAUUGUACGAAUAUGGUGAUUAUCAUACACUGGGUAACGCUGGUGGGAGUCAUCGUUUCGCGGAAGCCUUUGUUCUGGUGACUCUGGAAUUGUAACCAGCUAUCACCCUUCAUCAAAAUCCAAAGGAAUUUAAUCCAGACCAUGUUCCAGCCAGUGCAUAGGACAUGUUGGGUACUACAUCGCACCAAUAUAUACCAGUGCUUAAAAGGAAAACCAGUUUUGCCUUGGACUAGAUGCCUUCGAAAACAGUAUCUACAUGCAUCUGCUGCACUCUUUGUUUUAAACAAAAGUAAACUGUUGUGUAUGUUCUCAUCCCAACCAGAAGAUACUCGCCACAAAGAAUUAAAGGAAAAAAGUCCUUUGAAUCCAUCCAGGGAUGCACAUAGGGGAGGUGCUGCAGCACCAAGUUCUUUAGAAGCUGACCCACUAGAAGACAAAUCACUUGGUCUUGCUCAGAGGUUCAAGAAGAUUUUAAAACAGUAUGGAAAGGUUGUGAUUCCAGUGCAUACCGUGACUUACGGCAUAUGGUUUGGAUCCUUUUACUAUGCAGCCAUGCAAGGCAUGAAUGUUGUUCCUAUCCUAGAAGUUAUUGGCCUACCAGAAAGCAUAAUAAGCCUUCUGAAAAAUUCUGAGACUGGAAAUGUACUAACUGCAUAUACCUUGUGUAAGAUUGCAUCUCCUGCCAGAUACAUUGUGACUUUGGGAACAACGUCCAUUGCUAUCAAGUAUCUUCGCAAGUAUGGCUACCUGUCCAGACCACCUCCAGUAAAGGGAUACCUGCACGACAGGAUGGAAGAAACGAAAGAGCUUCUCUCAGGGAAGAUGGAGGAAACCAGGGAUAAAAUAACGGAGAAAAUGGAGGAAACCAGGGAUAAAAUAACGGAGAAAAUGGAGGAAACCAAGGAUAAAAUAACGGAGAAAAUACAAGAAACCAAAGAAAAAGUUUCAUUUAAAAAAAGAAAUGAAUAGGCAGAUGCUCUAACUUGUUUGUCUAAAACUUACACACUUUAACCUUAUGGAGAGUCUGCAUGUAAAAAAGCAUGUAUCCUCCUGAUCUUUGGAUACCUAGAGAAUACCAUGUUUUAAGGGUUAAAGAUUUCUGUAAACUGUUCAAGGCUAGAGUUAACUUUAAAAAGUCCAAGAAAAUGAAAAUGAAACCAGUUUUAGAAAUUCUCUGUGUAGUGUAGUGGUCACUGCUGCUAAAUCAAGAUGCUUCUCCAAGAUCCACAAUAUUAUUUUGCUCUUAGGUAGGGACCAUCGUUUUGUCACUCAGUCCUCUAGGCCACAAGUGGAAAGAUUUCUCUUCCAAAGAAACGUUGUAGCUUAGUUUUCAGCUAUAGAUAUGCAUAGAGGUCUCUAUAACCCCUGUUGUCUCUUAACUUUGAGGCAAACUAUUGUCAAUUAUGCUGCAAAUGAAUGGGCUACUGGGCCAAAUUACCCACAGGUGUAAGUUGCUAUCGCAGCUUUGGUUUCAGUUAAGCUCCGACAAGUUACAAGUUAUGGAUCUGGGCCCUUGUUUUUAAAAAUUGUAUCUUCAGAUUUUCCGAAGUCUUUCCUCUGAAAAGCUAUAGUAAGAUAAGUUCAUCACAACUGCUACAUGUUUAGUUAUAUUCUGUUUUUUUAUAUGAAGUUGAAUUAAAAUUGAGAAUGUCAUAGAACUGAAUAAAUUGACUAAUUAUACCUGUAUACUAGCUAAAUCAAAUCUGGCAUCUUUUCUUUUAUAAUUAUGCAGUCACUUUAGAGAGGUAUUCAGCUUCACGGUUGCUUCACGACAAUAAAAUUAAGUUGAAGAGGGAUAA